UUGGAAGUCCGUCAAAGAGCACUUCUAAUGAGAUUAUCGUGAAGUCUAACUCCGAAAGACCGCUGUCGAUCACAACAAUUUUGACGGAAUUUGCCAAAUAUUAGGGUCAGGAGCCCCGUGAUAUAGUGUUGUCAAUCCAUGGAUCGAGUCGCUCUUUCUUGUGUUGAUUUCAUUUAUCUCCGUGGUUGUCAAUCAAAGAGUCUUCAAUUCAAGUGAUCCGAGAACCGACCACCACCACCACCACCACCUCCGGCGUGUCAGAUCUCUUGGAGUGCAGGAAUGUUCAUAAUCCAAAUUGGUUUACUCGUACUCCCAAACCCGACAAGCUAAUCUGUUUGAAGGAAUCAUAGGGCAUAAAAUGCGGCUCAGUGGGAAAUCUUCAGCCUCUAGCCAAGAGUCGCCAUCGAACGACGGCUGGGUCCGGAUUCCCUGCCACCCAAACACAACGACACCGUUCAAUGAUAGUUUGGAUGCGCAAUCCCAAGAUCAUCGCCAGCAUCAGUUGAUUCCAACCAUUCACCAUGUUAGACACUUUGACCAUGGCUCCUCAACCACCGGCAUCUAACUUCGAUUCCUCCCUGGAGAAGUUCUUAUAUUUCCCCAGUGACCAACAAACCGACCUGCCCGUUUUGGGGAGCUCAGCCUUGGAUCAAUUGCUUCAACCUUUCUCCAAAUUAGUUAGUGAACCCGUGUUGGAUCCCGUUAUGGAGAGAAUGUCGCCGGACUCGUCCAUGGAUUGGAUGGGUCAACGAAUGGCUCACCAAGGAUACACUACCAUGAACUCCUCGGAUGAUACCGCCUCAACCUCCUCUGGGUCUGUGAGCUCCUACAAGGCCCUGGGAAUGAAGGUCCAACCCGAUUCCACCACCAGUGAUGUCAAUUACGACUCGGAUGCGUUUAACUCUGAUGACUCCAAUCAAUCCUUUGUGGAGCUUCAGCUCAACCCUAACCUCUUAGCCAACCUAACCAUGCAACAGCAGCAACUUAUCCGCGAUGCUGAGCGAGAAUCCUCAUCUUCAGGAUCAUCCAUUGGAUCCCCUCCACCGCAGGAACCCUCUCUGUACUACAACGAUGCUGACAUCAAACGAUCCUUGUCGGGAAAGCGAAAGAAGGUCAAGCGAGUGGGGGCUCAGUUGUUGAAGUGUGACCAAUGCUCAUAUACCACCCGCUACAAGGAACAUCUGACCUCGCACAUGAAUACUCACAACAAUGACCGGAAUUUCAUGUGUUCCGACUGCGGUCAGACCUUCAAAUGGAGCCAUAGCUUAAAGCGGCAUCAGCGCACUCAUCAAGCGGAUUUCAAAUUCUCGUGUCAAUUUUGCCACAAGUCAUUCUCGCGCAAAGACCAUCUGACGAUUCACGAAAAUCUCCACCGGAAUUCGAAUGAAUCCUUCCCUUGCCAAGAGUGCGGUGCAUCUUUUAAGAACAAGAAAACCUUGGCCGGUCACUUGAAGACUCAUCUCGACGAGAAACAGUUCAAAUGUACGGAGUGCGAAUCGGAAUUUACCCGUCGAGCCAGCUUGAACCGACACAUCCGGGCCACUCACGCGGGUCAAGUGAUCCCUUGUACGCUCUGUCCGGCUCAAUUCAGUUACCGAUCUACAUUGGAGGACCACAAGAAGGCAGCUCAUAACGAAGGACGUCGAGACUACGGUUGUCCACUUUGUGGUGUUCAGUUCGCGGUGAAGGCGUAUCUGGGUAAACAUAUGAUCACGUGUAGGAAUCGCGCUAAUGGCAAGAGCUUUGAUUGUCACUAUUGUGGCAAAGGUUUUCCCACCAAGCGUCACCUCAACGACCACUCGAAACGCAAGCAUCGAACACCAAUCACCAAGCAGACCUUCGAGCCCAGCAGCAACUCGUCUCCCAACUACCCCGAGGAGACGACCCAUGCUCCCCAAUAUCAGCACCGACCCCCGCCAUCCUACGAAUCGCAUUGUCAGCAAAAUCGACUUCCCAGCAUGGGACAAAGUUUUUCCCUCCAAUGUGGAGCCAAUCAGAUCUCGUCCAGUUCUGUUGGGCAGUUUCCUUGCGAACUUUGCCACGCCACAUUUGACUCUGAGCACAGCCUUGAAGACCAUCUCAUGAGUCAUUUCCCAUCCUCUACCCACCGAAGGGUCGAUGAAAUGCCGCUCUCGCAGAUCAAUGAUAACACCACCGAGGACAAUGUGGGAUCACUCAUGAGAUUGGUGUACAAUUGCACCGAUUCGCAAUCAAGUCUGCCGGAUUAUCAAGAUAUGGCAUCUCAUGCCACAAUGCCGCAUCAAUCCCACAUUUCGAAUCACACAUUAUACCAAACCGACAAAGUACAAGCAGAGGCUCUCAUGGACUAUCCCAUUCUUGACACACUUCAACUGGAUUGUUUGUAAAUCUGCUUGAUCCAAAAUGUCUUCGCCAACUGUGAUUUGCACCUCAUGUUUUGAGUUGAGGGUGUAUCUUUACUAAUUCAAGAAAAUAUACUACCCCAAAGGGGAAUGCCUUUCUUUAUAAGUCUAGUCGGUCUCAUUGCGUUGCUCAGACUCAGCUGAGUUUUGUCACACAAUGGCUUCAGAGAGAGCCGAUCAGUUGGCAAAGAACAGUUGUUACUUGGAAAACAAACUGACAAAUCCACUAUUUGGACCUCAGAGGGCGACAUAGCCUGGUUUCAAAACCAAUGUGUCACCGUCAAGUUCCACGCAUAUUUCGGUUUAUGACUUGUGCCAAGUUGACACUCACAAAACCAGGACGGGGCUCAAUUUCUGGUGGGGAUUCACGACAUGUCAGUGCAUC